AUGGAUUUCAAUAGCUCGUUUAUAUCGAUUGGAUGUGAGCAAACUACUAAAUCAAAUUUUGACGACUUAAGUAGCAAACUGGAUAGUCUGGAUAAGAAGGUAGAAGAUUUGUUAAAAGAACAUCAUACAACUCAAAAGCUUCUGAAGAGAGUAUUGGAAGAAGUUAAAUCGACCUCACAUAAUGCUAAAAAAAAUAAAAAUUUGCCACAAAAACCUUUUGCAGAAGCGCAUGAUUUCGCUACUUUUGAAGACAAAAUUCAAUCUUCCGAAACAAAAUUUAACGAUUUGGUGGCUGAAUUGCAAAUGAUAAUAGCAUCCAAUUCGAACAAAUUUGUUAAAAUGGCUUGGCGAAAAGUUUUUACGGACGAUGUUGCCCAGAUAUACUGCUGGAAAAUAACGAACACGAAAAAACCGGCAAGAGCACUUAGUGUGACGACAGCAUUAAGGCAGGCAUACCAUCAAAAAUUCCCUACCGCUGCCACGGAUAUGAAAUCGAGCGGACUACAUUGAAUUUUUUCCAACACGCCAGCAACGGAAUAAAAAAAUAAUUGAGUACGAAAACAAAAAGAAUAUGUCAUCGGUAAUGGUAGAUUAAUUAGUUGUUAUAUUAUUGCAAUUUUAAAUUUAAUUUUGUAAGUUGUAAUUGGAUUAUUCUUAAGUUUUGUACUGAAAUUAACUUUUUCGUUUGUUUCCUUAUCUUAAGAAUGUACAUUAUUUUCGUUAAUUUAAAUUAAAAAAUGAAUUUUUGUUACG